GGAUUAUCCAAAAUUGGAUAAUCAAUUAGACAGCCCUAAUACUGACAUAAUUACCAGAACAUCGUUCGUAAUAAAACAACUUAGCGAAACGAUUUCAGAUUCAGACAAAGAAUUUGGUUUCGGGGUUAGGUAUCGUCGCUGUAAUUCAGCAACGAAUCUCAAAACCCCCUAUCUCUUUCUCUUUAAUCAAAAUCUCGCUUUCUCAUUCUCUUAAUUUUUCUGCAUCAGCAAAAUCCUUCACACGCAGAAAAAAUGAAAGCCAUGAACACACUCUCAUCAUCACCCCACUCCACCAACAUCUUAACCUUCACUAAGAUCGUAUCUUUCUCGCUCCUCUCCUUCUCUCUCUUCUUUAUAUUCAAAUAUUUCUCUGCAUACACGCCUCCCACAGCCCAGAAUCAGCAGCUUUCUUUCUUCAACACCACUCGCGCCGCAACCACCCCUCUAGCGCAGCCGUCGCCGCCGCCGCCGCCGCCGCCGGAGAGGCCACUGCUGGAGAGAACAGGGAUCAUAAAUGAGCUGGGAAUCAUGACGGAGGAUUUCGUAGUUGGGGAAUUCGAUGAAGGACUGAUAGAGAGCAUAGUGGUGGUUGCCAAUAGCAGUGACGAGAGGGAAAGUGUGGAGAGAGGAGAUAGAAAAGUGGUUAAAUUUGAGAAAUUUAGGAUUUGUGAAAUGAAUAUGAGUAAUUAUGUUCCUUUUUUGGACAAUGUGGAUAGUGAUUUUCAAUUUAAUUUGUGGGAGAAGGGGAAAGGAUUGGAUUGUUUGGUGCCGAGGCCUAAAGAGUACAAACUUCACAUUCCAUGGCCGAAAAGCAGGGAUGAGGUCUGGUUCGAUAAUGUACCUCAUACACACUUGGAUAAGACAAACGAAGAUGCAGUAUUAAGAAAAGGCGACAAACUUGUAUUUCCGGGAGAUGGACCUCAAUUUAUCCCUGGCACGGAUAAAUACUUAGAUCAGAUAUCCAAGAUGGUUCCUGAGAUUGCAUUUGGCCGUCAUACACGAGUUGCUUUAGAUAUCAGCUCCGGGCUUGGAAAUUUCGGGGCCUACCUGCUGGAACGAAAUGUAACAACUCUGUCAAUAGCUCCAAAAGAUGUCCAUCGGAACCAGAUCCAACUUGCCCUAGAGAGAGGAGUACCUGCCAUGAUAGCUACAUUUGGAAGGCGCCGGUUGCCUUACCCUAGCCAAGCAUUCGAUCUGAUUCAUUGUUCUAGGUGUGGUGUUAAUUGGACUGUUGAUGGUGGGAUUUUGCUUCUUGAGGCGAAUCGCCUGCUUAGAGGUGGAGGAUACUUCGUGUGGGAAGCGGAGCCCGUUUACAUGUACGAAGACAAACUUGGAGAACAGUGGAGAGCAAUGGAGGAUCUCACCAGCAACAUUUGCUGGGAACUAGUAAAUAAGGAAGAGUAUAUCGCCAUUUGGCAGAAGCCUCUAAAUAAUAGUUGCUAUCUCAGCCGCGAUCCCAAUGUACAGCCAUCGCUAUGCAACACUGACGACAAUCCAGAAGAUAUAUGGCACGUGGAUGUGAAGGCUUGCAUCACGCGUUUACCUGAAAAUGGCUACGGAACUAAUACUAGCGAUUGGCCUGCCCGUCUUCACAGCCCACCGGACAGGCUAUUCACCAUAGAAAUGGAUGCUGAGAAAUCUAGGAAGGAACUGUACAAAGCAGAUUCAAGAUAUAGGAAUGAUAUUGUAAGAGGAUACGUUGGUGCUUUCCACCUCAAUCAGAUGAAUCUGCGGAAUGUCAUGGACAUGAAAGCUGGAUAUGGAGGAUAUGCAGCAGCUUUGGUCGAUUUCCAGUUCAGCAGCUGGGUUAUGAAUGUCGUCCCAGUUAGCGGUCCUAAUACGCUCCCCGUGAUAUAUGACCGUGGUUUUAUAGGAGUGAUGCACGACUGGUGUGAGCCGUUCAACACCUAUCCAAGAACAUACGAUCUGCUGAAUGCAGCAGGCCUCUUCUCUGUAGAACAGAGGAGAUGUAACAUAACAAACAUAAUGCUGGAGAUGGACCGGAUCCUCAGACCAGGCGGCCGUGUUUACAUACGCGACAUCACUGCUGUAAUCGAACAACUCGAAGAAAUCGCAAAGGCCGUGGGAUGGGUGCCCUUCGUGUUCGACUCCGGGGAGGGGCCUCAUUCAAACUGGAAGCUUUUAGCUUGUGAGAAGCGAUUGUAAGAUAAUACACAUUUUUUGUGGCAAGGGAAUAUGCAUGACUACCAUAUUUUAAUGGAAAUGAUGAAAAUUCAAUUUGAUUA